AAGCUAAUUGAAAAAAAAACCCUUUUUUUAUUUGUCUCUGUGUCGAUCCAAAGUCUCUUCUCUUUCUCUCUGCUUCAACGGGCAAAGUUUUAUUUCGAAUAAAGUUUCGUCUUUUAACGUUCUUGUUCCUCCUCUGCUCCUGGGCGAAUUCGUGAAUCUACCUAUCUCGAUGAGCUUGAAUCUCAAUCCAUCGUCUUCUUCUUCUCCAGAUGAGGGAGAAAGAAGAGGUGGUGAAGAAGUGAAGAUGGAGGAGGAUGAGUGUGUAGAGAAUAAGCAAUCAACAGCUGCUUCUUGCUCCUCUGUAUCCGAAGGUAGUGGUAGUGGUAGUAGUUUCCUCCUCAAGUCUCCUCCUGCUGUUGCAAGUCCUCCUCCCACUCUCUCUCCAACUCAUAGGAGGACGAGUGGGCCUAUAAGGCGAGCCAAAGGAGGUUGGACUACUGAAGAGGAUGAGACAUUGAGGCAAGCAGUUUGUACUUACAAUGCCAAGAGCUGGAAGAAAAUAGCGGAGUUUUUCCCUGAUAGAACCGAAGUUCAAUGCCUGCACCGAUGGCAGAAAGUUUUGAAUCCGGACCUUAUUAAAGGACCGUGGACGCAAGAGGAGGAUGAGAAAAUAGUUGAACUUGUUGGAAAAUACGGUCCUGCGAAAUGGUCUACUAUCGCAAAGUCUUUACAAGGUCGAAUUGGGAAGCAAUGUCGAGAAAGGUGGCACAACCAUUUGAACCCUGGUAUCAACAAGGAGGCUUGGACCCCAGAGGAAGAGUUAGCUCUCAUGAAUGCUCAUCGAGUCCACGGAAACAAAUGGGCUGAAAUCGCUAAGGUCUUACCCGGCAGAACCGAUAAUUCGAUAAAGAAUCAUUGGAAUAGUUCACUGAAGAAGAAGUCAGAAUUCUACUUAGCUAAUGGUGCCUUACCACCUUCAGCAGCAAAGACUGGUGUUCUUGAUAGUGCUGCUACUAAACGUCCAUUCUUUUAUAGAAGAGACUCUGUAACCGUUGCUCAAACCUCUUCUUCGGGUACUAUACAGAUUAACAAACCAGAUGAAGACCGAAAAGACCAAGCUGCUUCACCACUGACCGGUGUUAGCGAGUACGGACGUUCUCCUCAGUUACCUAACCCAGAGCCAUCGCCAGAGAACGGUUACCAUCUUUACUACAAGAAUCCACCUCAAACGGAGUACUCCAUGGCGUCAGAAGCGGAUAAGCAGCGUAUGUACGGGUACGAAUGCGGCUGCAGUCCAAGCGCAUCACCUGUGAUCUUCUUCACACCACCACCGCCUAGUAGAAAGGAGUACAUUAACGGUUUGCGUCCAACGAGUCCUGAAUCUUACCUGAGAGAAGCCGCUAGGACUUUCCCAAACACACCUUCCAUAUUCAGGAAAAGACGACGCAGGACUGUUGUUGUUGUUUCUGAUAAUGACAACAAGGCCACGGAAAGAGAUGAAGAAGCUAAAGAGGUUGUUGUUGCUGUUCAAAAGGUGGUGAAUGAGACAGAGAGGAGCCCUGAUACUGAACAAGAGAAGCAGAGCGAUGGUUCAAACGCUUACAACUUGUCUCCUCCGUACCGGAUAAGAUCCAAAAGAACAGCUGUUUUCAAGUCAAGACAGCUUGAGUUCAUCUCUCCAGAGGAAGCAAAAGCAGCUGAUGAUGAAACCAAAUCAUCUGAGAAAGAUAAGGUGCUUGAUUGAUGGGGAAGACUCUCAACUCCCAUGCUAAGAAACAAAAAAAAAAUUAUUUUUCUUCAUUACACGCUGAAUUUUUGUUAUUGGUUUUUAUUUUUAUUUUUGGGUGACUUCAAAACUGUAUUAAUACCAAAGAAUAAUUCACAACAGGUUCGGGUUAAUAAUUCCCAAAAGAAAAUAUCAUAUUUUAUAUCAGAUGAAAUUGAAUA